AUGGCUUCCGCCGCGGAGCGCCAGCGCCGCACCAUUCAGACGGCCGCGUGCCUCAUCAUUGGCGAUGAGGUGCUCGGAGGAAAGACCGUAGAUACAAACUCGACGUACAUGGCUAAAUGGUGCUUUCAGCUCGGACUUCGAUUGAAAAAGAUUGAAGUCGUCGAAGAUGACGAGGCUGACAUCAUUGAUGCUGUCCGCCGUCUCAGCACCACUUAUGACUUUGUCGUCACCAGGCAAGCCCAUUACAUUCGCGAAAUGUCCAAUAUCAGCUCUAACCAGCCCAGCCACGAUGACAUCACCUACCAGGCCAUCGCCAAAGCCUUUGAUCUACCGCUCAAGAUCCACGACGAGGCGUUCAAAAGGAUGAAGCUUCUCUCCAAGCCACAUCCUUCGCAGCCCAAAUUCGAUUGGGACGAGGAUUCGCCGGAUCUGCGCGCCAAGAUGCGCAUGGUGUACUUGCCUACGGACGAGUCUCGACCCUUGACGGACCAAUUUCUCUUUACUAGCGAAGAGCUAUGGGUGCCAAUCUCGGUGGUUAACGGCAACGUUCAUAUUCUGCCAGGAAUUCCCCGUCUCUUUACGACAUUGCUAGAGGGAAUCAAGCCUCACAUACUGUCUCGGCUGGUUGAUCCCGAAGGCAAGGGAAGCCACAGAGUCAUUAUUCAGACGCCGUUUUCUGAAAGCAAAGUUGCGGGCUACCUGACUGAUCUUGCAGGCCGCGUCGAGCCCAAGGGCGUCAAGGUAGGUAGCUAUCCUCAUUGGGGCAGAAAAUUCAAUACAGUGACCCUGGUAGGAAAAGAUUAUGCAUUUUUGGAGAGUCUGGUGGAUGAGGUGGUCAAGAAUGUCGAAGGGAAGCGUGUAUACAAGCAAGAGGAUAUCGAAGGCGGACCAGCGAAUGAAAGCAAGGUAUAG